AUUUCAUUCAAAAGCGUCCAAUUUCUUCCUGCUGCGGUUGUCCAGACUCAUAUUCCAUCUCCUCUGAAGUCCGCAGUUUUCAUUCUUUUUCACUGUUCUCAAGGUCCAUUCGCCGCCUUACACACCUGAAUUCGCAGUUCACCAAGAUUUCCAAGACAAAGUACUCUAUUCACAAUGUCGACGGCGAGAACCCGUCCGAUGCAGCACGUCGAUCGCAAGUCGCUGUACACCAACCUGGAAUCACGUAUUCGCUACCUUCAUUCCUUCCUCGACUUUGGAGCCAAUGACAUCGAGGCCCUCCGGUCGGGCUUCAAGUACAUCCAGGCCCUGAUUCCCGCAGUAGUCAACAUCGUCUACCGCAAACUGCUCCAGUAUGACAUUACCGCGGGAGCCUUCCAUACUCAGAGCACCGCCUUCGAGGGGCCUAUGGACGAAAACCCGGAUGAGAUGAGCCCACAAAUCCUGCACCGCAAGUCCUUCCUGCGGGCCUAUCUCAAGAAGCUGUGCUCCGACCCCACCCAGAUGGAAUUCUGGGAGUAUCUCGACAAAGUCGGAAUGAUGCACACGGGCAUCGGCCGCACCCAGCCGCUGCACGUUGAGUACAUCCACAUCAGUGCCGCCCUCGCCGUGAUACAGGACAUUCUCUCCGAGGCCAUCCUGUCCCACCCGCGGCUGCACAUUGCCCGGAAGAUUGCCAUUGUCAAGGCCUUGGGAAAGGUCAUUUGGAUCCAGAAUGAUUUAUUCGCCAAGUGGUAUGUGCAAGACGGCGAAGAAUUUACUGACGGUGUGGACUACACCCCGCUGCUUGAGCAGGAAGGAUAUCUCCAUGGGAAACAAGUGCUUGCGCCAGAGGAGGAAGCCGCGGUGGGGUUAGAGGGGGCAAAUAACGAUGCUGAUGGUGAUUGUCCUGUUGCUGGGAAUGGGCCAAAGGUGGCUGGGGUGUGUCCGUUCACCGGGAUGGUGGCUGGUAUUGAGGAUUUGAACAUCAAGGGGUCAGGGGAGGGGGAGAAGGGGAGCUGAGAGGAGAUAAGCCGGGGCCAAAGGCAGUAGAGGUUGUCGUGGAUGCGCAGUGAGAGGGGUUGCUAGGCUGGAUGGUCUCGUGUUUGAGAGGUUCUGAUUGAUCACAGCAUUGAUCAGGGGGAUGGACGGUUGGGAGUUGGCGUAAGAUGUACAAGUACCAAGGUCCAGCUAUUCCAAGGGGUAGAAGGGUAAGAAUUAUUAGAGGGAUGACUUCCUUGCCGU